AUGAGAUACUUCACGCCAGCCCUCCUGCUCGCCUCGGCCCUCCUCGUCGGCAUCAACGGUGCUCCGGCGGGGACCGAUGUUGUCCAACGGGACCUAGGCGAGUUGGGCGUUCAGGCGGACGUGCCGCAAAUUAAUGCCCCCGUCGCUGUCGCCGCUGUUGAACAGCCCGAGACCGCGCUAGUCGCGGAAGAUGAGCCGCACAUCAAAGAGCGUCAAAUUCUGAAGAAACUCGCCAAGCUCCUCGGCAAGAAAAAGAAGAAGAAGAAGAAGAAGAAGGCGAAGGCCGCCAAGGCAAAGGCAAAGGCGAAGGCGAAGGUCAACACUCCACCUCCGGCCAAGGCGGCACCGCCUCCGGCCAAGGUCACGCCGCCGACUCCGCCUGCCGCUCAGCCUCCCGCCGCCGCCCCUCCUCCUGCUACUCCGCCCAAACCACCCGCCGGCGCGCCCAAACCACCCGCUGCGAAUCCCAAGAAAGCCGGCGCCGCCGCUGGAGCCGGAGCUGCUGCGGCUGGAGGAAACGCUGCUGGUGCUGCCAAAGGUAAUCCAAACCAAGGUGCUAAACCCGUCCCACCUGCUCCCGUUCCCGCCGGCGCAAUUGCGGCCGGUUCAAAACCCAAGCCUCCGGCUGGAGGAACGCCCAAGGCGGGCGGUAACACAAACACAAACAACCCGAAGGAUCCAGCCCCUGCCCCCGCUGGAGCUCUCAUGGCUGGUGCUCUCGCCGGAGGUGCAACAAAUGGGAACAAGCCUGGUGCUGCCCCCCAGACACCGCCCAAGCCUCAAGCUCCUCCUCCCCAACAGCCUCAGACGCCUCAAAAUCCUGCACCGCAGACACCACAGAAUCCUCCAAAGCCCCAAGCACCGCCCCCUAAGCCUGCUGGAAGUGGUGGUUUACCCCUUGCUGUUCCUGGUAGGAACUCUGUAUGA